AUGACAAUGAAACGCUUUGACAGAGAAGAACCGCAAGGAAUUGCAGGCAUUUCUGAAUUUGACCGCCAUGUCCUCGCUACAGUACAGAAAUGGGCGCAUUGCCUGGACAAGGGCCUGUUUUCUUUCCUACGGGUUAGUUUUGGGUGGAGCAGUGUAAUAGGUUUAGUUCCACUAGCGGGCGACUUGGCCGACAGCAUUCUUGCGCUUCUAGUCGUACGUACAGCUUGCCGCAUAGAGGACGGGCUGCCCGUAUCGCUCAAGCUCAAGAUGUUUCUCAACGUUGCUCUCGAUUUUGUCGUGGGGCUGGUUCCCAUAUUAGGUGACCUCGCUGAUGCCCUACUCAAGGCCAAUCAACUGAGUCUUCACGAAGCCUGGCUUUGA